AUGUCACUCAAUAGUGAAUACGCUAGCCACAAGCUAUUAGUUGCAAAUAGAGGAGAGAUUGCUGUUCGAAUCAUUCGAACUGCUCAGCGGCUGGGUAUAGCAACAGUAGCCAUCUACACCUCGUCAGACGCCCUCUCCCCUCACGUCGCCAUCGCAGACGAAGCCGCUCAUUUGCAGAACUACGCCAGCGACCAACAGCAACUAGCAUCAGAAUCGAAGCUGUACUUAUCCAGUGCUACCAUCAUUAUGAUAUGCAAGCAGUAUCGGAUUACCAUGGUUCAUCCAGGUUAUGGUUUCCUCUCGGAGAAUGAGGAAUUUGCUCUUUCUGUAGAGGCAGCCCAGAUGAUCUGGCUCGGUCCCCAACCAGACGUUAUUCGGAUCAUGGGUCUAAAACACGAAGGCCGGCGUCUUGCUGCGAAUGCUGGCUUGCAGCUCGUUCCAGGGUCUCAAGGACUUGUAAACACUCUCGAUGAGGGCCUAAACAUAGCAAAUACGAUUGGUUUUCCUGUGAUUCUGAAAGCGACAGCUGGGGGAGGAGGCAUGGGUCUUAUUGUUUGUCAAAACGGCAGCGAUCUCUCCAAGUGCUUUAUCAGUGCUCAAGAAAGGGCAACUUCAAUGUUUCGUAAUGGGGGAGUUUUCAUUGAACGAUACUACCCUGCAGCACGCCAUAUCGAAAUCCAAGUGUUCGGUAAUGGACUGGGUGAUGUGGUACACAUGGGGGAGAGGGAAUGCAGCGUUCAAAGGAGACAUCAAAAGGUCGUGGAAGAGACCCCAAGUCCAUUCGUCACGGGUCAUUCAGAUCUUCGUGAAGAUAUAUGUGAUGCAGCCGUGAAGCUGUGCAGAGCUAUCAAAUAUGCAUCCGCAGGUUGGACAGCCUAUGAUGAUCGCUGGUCGUAUUUUACUUAUUGCAAGUCAGGUACGGUGGAAUUUCUUGUGGACGAUGAGUCGGGCGAGUUUUUUUUUCUUGAAAUGAAUACACGUAUCCAGGUCGAGCACGCCAUCACAGAGGCUAUACAUCCUGGCCUGGACCUCGUAGAAAUGAUGGUAGCACAAGGAAUUGCACAGCAGUCUGAGGCGAGAGGUCUUGAUCGUGCGAAUCAAAGCAUGAUGCAAGCUAUCUACGACAAGAACCUUGCUGAGUCUCGCAUCCACGCCAUCGAAGCCAGAGUCUAUUGUGAAAACCCCUCAGAAGGCUUCAAACCCAGUCCAGGCAUCCUACAGUUCGUGGAAUUCCCAAAAGAGGAUUGGCUUCGCGUUGACAGUUGGGUGUCGACGGGAACGGAAGUAACUCAGUUUUUCGACCCUUUACUAUGUAAAUUAAUCGUGACUGGUUCAACACGAGAACAAGCAGUUUCAAGAAUGGUUCAAGUAUUGAAAGCCUGCAAAGUCUUUGGCCCGCCAAACAACCUGGCCUACCUCGCUUCAAUAUGUAACAGCACUAUUUUCAAAGAAGGGAAGGCCACAACACGGUUUUUGGACAACUUUGAUUUCUCCCCAAGCGCAUUCACUGUGCUAUCAGCUGGUAUUGAAAUGACUAUCCAAGAUCUACCCGGCAGGCUGCAGCCAACAUACUGGCUAGGCAAUACACCGGAGACGGAAGCAUUAGAGAUUGUCGUCCUCCCUGGCGCCGGAUGCAAGCUGAAAUUCCACAGUUUCGCUAUUGUAGCGAUAACUGGCAAGUCAGCAACUGUGAAGAUCAACGGAGAACAGGUUUCCAUGUGGGCUCGCCUCGCUGUCCCCGAAAAUGCGAUUCUCGAUAUUGCGGUCCUCCCAGGUCCUGGGUUCAGAAUAUAUCUGGCAAUCAGAGGUGGCUUCCCUGAAGUGCCACAAUAUCUUGGAUCCAAGUCGACGUCGAUGGGCCUUGGAGGCUAUCAGGGAAGAUCGCUUAGAGUUGGCGAUCAACUUUCCUUCGGUUCGCAAUCAUCAUCAGAGCAAGAUGAAAUAGAUCCGAUAGCCUUCUUACUCCCCAAAAGCCUCAUCCCGGUCUAUCCUCAAGAUUGGGUUAUCAAAGUUUUGGCUGGACCACAUGAUGAUGCGGUAAUUUUGACCCCAGAAGGAAACGCCAAGUUUUACUCGACCAAGUGGACCAUCAGUUCAUCAAGUAAUAGAAUGGGGAUACGGCUGGAGAGCGAUCAAAGCAUAGAUUGGGCACGUAACACUGGUGGCGAGGGAGGGUCUCACCCAAGCAACAUUCUAGAUAACGGAUAUGCGUUAGGGACGGUUAACGUGAAUGGAGACACGCCCGUUAUCUUAACAAAUGAAGGACCAGACAUGGGUGGGUAUGUCUGCGUGUGUACCGUCGCGACUGCGGAAAGGUGGAAGCUGGGGCAAUUGAGCCCUGGCAGUACGGUGACCUUUCGCAAGGUUUCAUGGCAGGAUGCACAAGCUUGUAUGAAAACCUCGCUUAGAUGGAUUGAGGCCGUGCAGGCCGUUAUCGCUGGAUCUCAACCACAUGCGAGCUUCAUAGAUAGUGCUUUGGAAGGUAGGGAAUUAUCCGGAAUCCUGCACAGGAAUGAGUGGCUACCAGGAAGUUCGAGACCUGCUGUAACGUUCCGACAAGCUGGCGACUCUGCUAUUCUGGUAGAAUACGGAGAGAUGCAUCUAGACUUCGCUCUCCGAGUGCGCGUACACGCGCUGGAAUCGGAAGUGCGUAAGAGGAACAUUAAAGGCAUAUGGACAUUUGCGCCAUGCAUUCGAUCCACGAUGUGCCAUUAUGAUCCUUCAGUUAUCUCCCAGGCUGACGUACUCGCUGUCCUAUUAAGCACGGAACGCUCAUUACCAGAUUCCCCAUUAGACCUCCAGUUCUCUGGGCGCAAGAUCACAUUCCCGAUCGUGCUCGACGAUCAGUGGUGUCGUGAUGCCUUGCAACGAUACAUGCGAACAACCAGAAAUAGCGCUGUUUAUUUACCAAGCAACAUCGAUUACCUCGCGCGAAAUAAUGGUCUGGAGGGUGGUGCCGAUGAGGCACUUCAGAAACUGAUGGAUUCAGCUUGGCUCGUUUUUGGCGUCGGAUUUUAUCUAGCCUGUCCUUUCUUAGUUCCAAUCGACCCACGGUGCCGUCUAGUCGGGCAGAAAAUGAAUCCUUCACGAACAUACACCCCUAGUGGAGCGGUCGGCAUCGCUGGUCCCGUGGCUGCCAUUUAUCCGGUCAUCUCGCCUGGAGGAUACCAGCUGUUUGGACGCACGCUUCCAGCUUGGCAAACUUGGGGAAAGGGGCCUGAUUUUGCCUCCGAUCGACCGUGGCUGCUUCAGCCAUUUGACCAAGCGAGGAACGCUAUCUCGAGGAAUUCAAUGCGGGACAAUACAAAUUCAAGGCAAAUCGAGCCUGCGGUCUUCUCCAUGGCAGCGUACAUCACACAUACCGACAGUAUACAACAAGAGAUUGCGGAAUUUAAGCGGAAAACAGGCAGAGGGACAGCGAGAGAGGAAGCACGUGAGACCGAACUGUUGCGUGAAUGGCAGGCACAGAAAGCGGUGAAAGCUCCACCCACGGUAUUGGUAGAUGAUACAGACUUGGGACCUGGUAGCACAAGCGUCACUUCUUCCAUAUCAGCAUCUAUUUGGAAAAUCAAAUGCCAGCCUGGAGAUGUCAUACAAUCUGCCGAUGACAUUCUGGUCAUCCUCGAAGCGAUGAAGACCGAGAUUAAUAUUCUUGCAGGAGAAGAAAAUGUUGGCAAGGUAGUGAAAAGCUUGGGUAAAGGGAUUAGGGAAGGAGCAAUUGUCCAAGUGGGGGACAUCCUCGCAUGGUUUGAAUAA